GGGUGGGGGGGUGUUUUGGGGGGGUUUUUUGUUUGGUUUUUGUUUUUGUUUUGUUUUUGUUUUUGGGGUUUUUUUUAGUUUGAAUUUUCCAAGCAGUUUAAGUGUACUUCAACAUCAACACGUAUGUACUAGCAUCAACAGAAAACAUUCCAAGCUUGAGGAAAAAAUAACUUAUUGUAUGUUAUUUAUUCCUCUUACAUGUAGUUGAUAAGAAGUUUAGACAAUUGUAAAGUCAUCUUCUUCUUCUGCUUCCCGCCCCACCACUUCGAAAAACCUUUCUAUGGGCCUCGAAUUAUUAUUAUCAUUUGUGUAUGUAUUAAUGACGACAGAUGAUUUAUAUAUCUCUACGUUUUCUUAGGUACGAACAACCAUCAAGAAAAGCUCGACUAUUCCUCGUUAUCUGAACAUUGUGAGAAAGAUACAUGUACUACUAUAAAUAUGGAACUCUGGAAAACUGUUUUAUUACUCCUAAAAAUUGCUGUAUGUUGUGGAUAUGAACACCUUUCGAAGGACCGUACAGCUGUACAGAGUACAACUUGGAUCUGUCCAGCUAAUGAUCCAACAUGUACAACUUACUUACCAAACAAUGCAGUAGACGGAGACAUCAGUACAUGUAUGAGGUCUAUGUAUAUCGGUCCUUCUUCUUUGUACCGGUCAGUAUGGUGGUAUGUAGACCUCAUGGACAUAAAGAGUAUUUACAGCAUCAGGAUACAGUUCAGGACCUACGAGCAGCAGUAUGAAAUGCGACAAAGAGGAAGAAUGGCAGGGUUUUCCCUGUAUGUAUCUAACACAUCUAACAUUGAGAACGGUUAUUUAUGUUACAAGGACGGACCAGAUUUACCUCCCUUGGACUUUAGCACUACCUGUGUCAGUCACGGCCGUUAUGUUAUAUUUUACAACCAAAGAUUACCAGGAGUACAGUAUCCCGCUGGUUACCAAUCUUUCUCUGUUACAGAAUUAUGUGAAGUGAUCGUUCUGGGCUGUAUGACAUCCGGACGCUAUGGACAAAAGUGUGACAUGAUCUGUCCAUCUAAUUGUCAGGAACAAAGAUGUCAUAUUGUUGAUGGAACCUGUCUUGGUUGUAUUGCCGGAUGGACAGGAUAUUUCUGUAACAAACCUUGCCCCAGUGGAUACUACGGUAUGGAAUGUGCAUCUGAGUGUCAGGGACACUGUAGGGGCGGAAUAUCGUGUAAUCACAUAAGUGGUAAUUGUGACAAUGGGUGUGGAGACGGAUGGCAAGGAGUACAGUGUGACCAAGCGUGUAAAGACGGAAGAUAUGGUCCUAAUUGUAUCUACAUAUGCAGUAGCAACUGUCGGAAUAACGUACCUUGUGAUAAGACAACUGGGAAAUGUCAGAUUUGUAAAGCUGGGUAUAUUGGAUACCUCUGUAACAAUAGCUGUCCUGAAGGAUUUUACGGACAAAAUUGUUCCACGGCUUGCAAUGAGAACUGUCUAAAUGAAGAAUGCUAUCAUGAGACUGGUUUGUGUAACAAUGGAUGUAAGGACGGAUACCAGGGACCAUUCUGUGACGAGAGUUGUCAUCGAGGAUUCUUUGGUGGGAAUUGUUCUGCAAAAUGUAGUAGUAACUGCAUAGAUAAGUUAUGUCACCAUGUCGAGGGUCACUGCAGUGGUGGGUGUAAUGCAGGAUGGAUAGGUUCAAACUGCAGUCAAGUAUGUUCUACCGGACGUUACGGCGUGAAUUGUUCAGACAACUGUAGCUCUCAUUGUGUAGCAGACACAUGUGAUCAUGUAACCGGGGUCUGUGUCUCCGGGUGUGAGGAUGGGUACAAAGGGCAACUAUGUAGAGAACGUUGUGAUUAUAGCUGGUACGGCAAGAACUGCUCCAUGGAAUGUUAUACAAACUGUGUCAACGAAUCCUGUCAUCAUAUCACGGGUAAAUGCCAACACGGAUGUAAACCCGGUUGGAUAGGAUCAUAUUGUAGUCAAGCUCCCACUGGUUCAUCAGCGAGUGAUGUCCCAUACGGUUAUAUAGCUGGACUUGUCGUAUCUAUAAUCUUCAACGUUUUUCAAUGUGGUGCAUUAAUAGCUGCAAGGGGACAUUACAUGAAGAAAAGCGAAAAGUCUUCCCCACAUUAUAUGAGCCACGGCAAUCAGACAACAGUAACAACUGAUGAUACCCAUACAUACCAAGAACUCGACACAUCAGCAAACAUUAACUCGUACCAAAAUCUGUCAUUCGGAAGUAAUAUAUGAACUCUGCAUGGACAUGAUAUGGUGGAAGUCGAUUAGAUAUAAAGGAAUAGAGAUGCUUCCUUGGAAUGACAGUGAAUAUUUAUAGUUGGGACAGUGUAUUUUGUUGUGAUAUAUGAUCCAUGUUUAAAGAGAUAGACGUUAAUGAAAAGAAAAUGUUUACGUCAUUUAGUUAAAGUAAUAGAUGUUAUAUUACACAAUGUGAAAGACGAGUUCAGCACAUGGUCGUGUAAUAUCGGAAGCAAAUAUUGAUUCCGUGAGUUUUUCACAUGUCAGCAUAAUUUUAUGUACAUAUUUAAUUACAAUAGAAAUUAUUUUAUAAACUACCUAAAUAUCUUAGCUAGCAAAAAUUAGUGACUUCAUAUAAUUUUAAACUAUUCUUUUCAUUUAGUUCAUUCAUCUCUAGAUUUGAUCGAAAUUACUUAAAAAAUUUCCACGCAUCGUGUAGUGAUGAUUACGCGCUUUAAUUCUUUGGAACACGUUUUCUUACAAUAUUUAGUUCUUGCACCUCCUAAAAUCUUCCCGGCCCAUAGAUUUGGUGUUUGCACCCAUGUUUCUUGUUGAAUCUUUUACCAAGUCCAUUAUGCGAUAUAUUUCCUUUAUUUGACAGACAUUGUGUAUAUUCUUUAAAAGACAGUUUUAUGAAAUUGUUAUAAUUACUAUUAAAUCGUUAA